AGUUGCUUUUUUCACUUCAGCGGCGGCAGUCGCUCUCUUUCGCCGCGCAGCAAACGCCAUUUCAGCCGCACAUAUUAUUGCUACCACCAAAAAAUAAAAUAAAUCUAAGCCCGACACAAGCACAUACCAAUACAUCACUCAAUAUAGACAGUGAAAAAAUCUUCUUUCAUCUCUUGCAGCCCAGAAGUGGGCAAAGUUUCUGCUUUUUAAAUUAUACGUUGCCGGGCAUAUUUCCAAUUAAUUUGCAUAUCAAAAUAAUCAAAACGAAACUACGCAAACGGAACUUACAGCAUAAACUUAAAUUUCAUUCAAAUCAAAUAUAUGCAUAUGCACACACCGACACAUACACUUACGCAUUUAAAUCGUACGGGCAAUCCUAUAAAGAAAUCAAAUCAAAUAAAAUAUUCACGCUGCAGUUUAACGAAACAACAAUUGAAAAUAGCUUGACAUAAAAAUUUACAGUUACGUUUGGAUUUACAACCCAGCUACGUAUCAUUUCCCCAAAAGGGGAGGCUUAUAAAGGCACACAGACAACCCCCACACCCACACAAGCACACCCACACAACGUUGAGUAACUCUGGAGCACAGCAUGAGUCCGAUGAGUCCUUGAAGCGGCAAUAGGCGUGCAUCUCAGCUUACAAACAACCCCCAAGCAACGCACACACACGCGCAUACCAUACCAGGAAACAUCGACAUCGUUGUUUGUGUGCGCCUAAAAAACGUCAACAAAAAAUAAACAAAUACACACACACACGCACACAGCUACAGCGUUGCCAGACGUCGAGUCGUCUCGCUGUCUGCCUAACGUAAGCGCACACACACAGACACACAUAUAGAUAAAGAGAAACGUAUACGCUGUGUUAUGUGUGUGUGUAGCUGGCCUUUCAUCUCGUGUGCCGCACAAUAAAAACAGGCGUAAAGGAUAUUAUGAGGCUACAGACAUUUGCGAAUAAGCAGCAGCAACAACAAUCCGUCCAUUUAGACUAACAUUUGAUAACAGACAGAGAGGGACAGAGAGAGAGAGAGAAGGAGUGAAGGAGAAACAAUGUUUGGUUCCAAGUUGCGUUCCUGGAUGGAAACGCACAUUGUGCGUCCACGCAAGAAGAAUAAUAAGAACAAGCAGCAGCCAGAUGGCGGCGGAGCAGGGGCAGGAGGUGGUGGUAGCAGCAGUGCCAGCCAUGCCAAGAAGGCGGGCACGCUGCCGCACAGCAGCAAUCUGAAGUCCACGACGAGUCCUGUGCUGACCAGCAGUGGCAGCCACAGCAUUGCCAGCCCGGUGCGCCGGCGCGAGGUGUCGCCCAUACAAUGUCAUACGCCCAGUCGGUAUGGCUGGCAAUCGCCGGACCAGGAUACGCACACCUCCAUCACGUCACCCCAGUCGGAUAAUUUGCUGUACGCUCCGCAUCGCUAUCAAUGCCACCAGACGCUGUCGCCAUUGCAGCCGUUGCAGCCACAGCAGCUGAGCGUGCCUGGCAAGGAUAGCUGCAGCUCCACAAGCGCCGACAAGUCGCCCAUGCGCGUCAAUUGUUCCUCUUCAUCCAUUUCAUCGCUGUCCUGGUCCACCGGCUCCAAGGAGCCCUCCAUGCAGUCCAGCCAAGCGAAGCUGAUUAGCCAGAAGGUGGAGCACAUUGAAAUCAGCAGUGAUUACCAGGCGCCCAUCGAGGACGAGGUGGACUAUGAGGAGGUGGGCGCACUGCUGCUACGCCCACAAGCGCCCAUGCUGGACUAUCAGCGUCCACAGUCCGAGAAUCUGACCAGUCUGCAGCUGGUCUACGAGGAGGAGCCGCAGCAGCAGCAGUCCAAGAAUCAUGUGCACUAUGGCCGUCUGCUACCCUCCAAACUGGAGGCCCCACCGCCGCCGCCUCCACCUGCUGUGUCCCAGCAGCUGAGUCGUUUGCGUGCACCACGCGGCAUGCCGCGUGGCAAUUUCGUACCCGGUCCCCGGCCGCACAGUCUCUCCUCGCCGGAGAGCGCUUACUCCACGGGCUACUCCACCGAUGGCAACUCGCCGUGUGCGGCCAGCAGUGCCAAUCCUCCGGCGCCCGAGUACUACAUCAAUAUGCGCAGUGGCACCCACUACUUUCCCAGCCGCUCUGCCAACACGCUGGCCACCAAAUUCGGACUCAAUCGUAUCGAGGAGAUGUCACCAAUGGAUCCGCUGCCCAAAAGUAACUUUGGCAACGUGCUGGAGGCACAGCCCAGCCCCUUGUCGCUGCAGCGCAAUUGCCAGUUAUUUGAAUCACCCUCGCCUAGGCAACGCUCGCGCAUACGCACGAAUCCUUGGUACAAUACGACGGAGCAUAUGCAGCUGAUGUCGGGCAGCCGCCUGGAUGUGGAUGCCACCAGCACCACCUCCACCACAUCGUCGGGCAUUAAGUCAAGCACUGAGCUGGAAAUGCGCGCAGCCAAAACAGCAACAACAACUCUUUUAGCACCAGCAGCAGCAGGUGGAGCAGGUGGGCUGGGUGGAGCAGGUGGCGGUACAGCAACCCCCAAACUCUUAGCUGCGGCUGGGGCUGACAGCCGCUCGGAGGGUUCGUCGUCGUCCUCGACUGAAGUGGAAAAUCUGCAUGCACCGCACACCAUCAAACGGCGACAGCAACAGCAGCAGCAGCAGCCGUUGGACUCCUUUCUCGUGAGCGAUGAUGAGGCCACACUUAACGAGAUGAUUGGCAAGUUUGAUGAGAGCUACAUCUACGAGAAGGAAACGGACAUACUUAGCAGCGACUCAGACCCAACCGACUGCGCCUCCGAGCUGGACACCGGCCAGGAUGCAGGCGAUGAGUGCGACACAGAUGAGCAGCUGGACAUCGACUUCAUAGACACCUCCUCCAUGCAGGAGAUUCAACUCGACAUGCAGCAACGCAAUCUCGGCAGCUGCCACUACUAUCCGAGUGCUGCGCAGCCCAGUCCCUUGAUACUGAGACGCGCCUCCACGCGUUCGCGUCGCCGCAGCGGCCAGGAGGCACCCGAUGCCAGUCAGCAGCGUCGUCGCAAACGCUUCCUUAAGACACGCAAAAAGAGCUGCGAGAACCGCGAGAAAGUCAAUGCGUCGCCGCUGCGUGAACCACGUGGCUCACGCAGUGUGGGCGGCACGCCCGUCUGUCUGCGUCGCCAUCUGCUGGGACCCAAGGAACGCAUCUACAAGACUUCACCGUUGUCGAAUCGCUCCAAUUCGCUAAUCUUUGGCAGCGCCAAUGAGCCUCACUUUAUGACCAUAGCGGAGAGCGAGAAGGCGCUGCUCAAGGCCGAUCUGGAGGCGGACAUGAAGUACAAGCAGCUCAUCAUGGAGGCCGAAUCGCUGCUGGAGUCCAUGAAGAACAGCUUGCAAAGCAUACCGAGAGACACGCCCGUGGCUAGUCCCCGACGUCUCAAUCCGCUGGCCAAUAAGCGCGUGGAGAUGCUCAAGCACAGCGAGGUGGAGGCCAAAAAGCAGGCACCACCUGCCCCACCGCUGGAGCACGAGCUGGCGGCUGCGAUCAACAAACGAAUCGAGAUGCUCAAAUUUGAGACUGCGGCAGCAUCGCCGCCAAAUAGCCCCAAGCCGGGUCGCUGCAGUCCGCGUAAGACGCACCUGACCAACUUUAUGAAUCAGAAUGCACCGCCAGAGUUGCCGCCACGUAAACUAAACAACGUCGCACCGCUCUCACCACAGCUGCAGCUGAACGGGAGGCGCUUGGUCCAGGGCAGUCCGCGGAGCAGUCGACGCGCCAUGGCGCUGCACAGCUUCAAUGCAAGCGACUCGGAUCAGGAGUGCAUUGCCGUAGUGGAAGAUGCCACCAAUCACAACUACUUGCCACAGCAACAGGAGCAGCAGCAGCAGCAGCACCAGAUGUACAACAAUCUGGAUUACAAUAAUCGCAAUGUCUCCGAGGUUCAGAUGCAUGACAACUUUUACUGUCCACACAGCGAGCCGCUGAAGCGUAAGGUGUACAAGGGCAGCAGCUCCUUUGAGCGCAUUAAGAAGACAUUCGACUUGGAGCUGGCAGAUAUGAACGAACGUACCAAAUCGCACGUGAAACGUCAACAAUCGAAGCUAUCGUCUUCCGUUUCGGCCAAGAGCUCCAUGCAGGAUGUCACGGUAGAGGGCGCUACCAAACAACAGCUGAUUGUUAGCACCAUUGUGGAUCUGAAACGGAAUCUGGAGCAUCAGAGCUAUGAGCUAAGUGGUCUAACUGAAGAAUAGUUUGAGUAAAUACACUAUGAGCGUUUUGAGGUUAAGGCUAACAAGACUACAAAACUAUCGAUAAUAUUAUCGGUGAGCCCAACUAAAGCAUAGUUAUGCGAAGAACUUAUACCAUAGAGAUAUACUUUAGAUAUAUAUACAUAUAUAUAUAUAUAUAUAUACAUAUAUUGCUCACUUUACUAUUUAUUGAAAUUGCUAUCGAUAGUUUUGUAACUUGAACAACAAACAACCCCUCCCUCCCAAGGACCCACUCACUCUAACUGACUUAAGCGGAAACUGAGUGCAAUAAGUACUAUUUAGAGGAGCAUAGAUAAGCGUUGACUCUAAGUUGUAAGCCAUGGAAAUGAUGGACUGGAUUAGCAGGUUAUACAUAGAUUUAAUGGGUAUACAUAAUAAUAAUAAUAAUAACAACAACAUCUAACUAAUCACAUCCCCUUAGACCGUAGUGAGUUAAUUGUUUUGUUCGAUGGACCUCAGUUAAAGUAUAUUGUAGUAGUUAAACAUUUUGUUUUCCCAUCAGCCAAAAAAGAGUUAAACUAGUUUUAAAACAAACUUUCGUUUUUUACGAUCAGCAAAAAACAGUUUCUAAUCGAAAAAAAAAAAAAAUCAACGUGUUUCAAACACAAUGCAAAUAAUAAUAUUUACUAAACUACAGCAUUAACUAGCCCAAAUUGAACUUAGUUAUAUUUCAUCCUAAUCCUUAUUUAUCUAUAUAUUAGUAUAUAUACGUAUUUGUGUGUGUGUUUAUUAUAAUUAAAAAACUGAAGCAUAUCUCACACACGAAAUA